AUGCAGCAGAAUGAACGGCUCUCCACGGGGAUCUCUCUUUUUUGCCUACCGGCUGACACGCCGAAAAAGCAGACCUACCGAUGCUUCUUGUACAUCUUCCCCCUCUUCAUUCUAUCAGCUGCUUUUGGAGAUGUACUUGGGAAAGAUGAACAGCAAACUCAGGAAGAUCUUGCGCCACCUGGUUUUCCUGAGGGCAUUCCCACGGCGCUCCAAGGCCUCCCGAUCCCGCCUCAUCCCCACACCCGGAAAAGGCGCUACACGCUUACACCAGGGGAGCUGAAGUGGGACCACUUCAACCUGACGUACAAAAUCUUGUCCUUCCCAAAGAACUUCAUCAGCCGGAGCCAGACGAGGAAGGGCUUGGCCACCGCAUUCCGCAUGUGGAGCGAUGUCACCCCCUUCAGCUUUCGGGAGGUGCCGCCGAGCAAGGCCAGCGAUCUGAAAAUCGGCUUUUACUCCAUAAACCACACGGAUUGCGUCGAGUCCGACAUCCACCAGUGUUUUGAUGGCACAACGGGGGAGCUGGCCCAUGCCUUCUUCCCCCAGAAUGGCGAAAUCCACUUUGAUGACCACGAAUACUGGAUUUUGGGGAAAACACGGUUCAGCUGGAAAAAGGGUGUUUGGCUUACAGACCUGGUCCACAUCGCUGCCCACGAAAUCGGCCAUGCUCUGGGUCUCAUGCAUUCGCACGACCCAAAUGCCCUGAUGCACCUCAACGCUACCCUGACGGGGAAGGACCGCAUUUCGCAGGACGAGAUGUGGGGCAUCUACUGGCUUUAUGGUUGUAAAGAUAGACAUCACAUAUGUCCGUCGUGGGCUCGGAAAGGAUUCUGCAAGUCACGCCCUAAAUUUAUGAAAAAACAUUGUCCAUACAGCUGUAAUUUCUGCGUGGAAUUCCCUUUCCCAACGGUGCCGCCGACGGCACCUCCCCCAAGGAUGAAAACAAGGAUCAUUCCAGAAGGCAGGAAUGUCACCUUCCGGUGUGGCCAGAAGAUCAUCCACAAAAAGGGAAAAGUGUCCUGGUACAAAGAGAAAGAAUUACUUGAGUAUUCCUACCCUGGCUAUCUCUACCUUGACAACGACCACAUGAGCAUCAUCGCCAACGUCAUCAACGAAGGGACCUAUACAUGCGUGGUGAAGAAAAACGCGAAGAUCCUGACCACAUACUCCUGGAGAGUGAAACUCAAGCAUUAGCCUGGCGAGGACAUUGGUAAUCCAGCCGGAUCCACCCCACGUUGGAGCUCUUCUCUGCCCUGUGUUUAGGUGCUUUGCUGGGAGUAAAAUAAACGUAUAACACGCACAGCCCCCUCCAUCCGUCAUCAUCCCUUGGCUGAUAUCUGUGGACGCUCGAAC